AUGGUCAGUAUUAAAGGUGAAGAAAGUUAUCCUGAAAAGGUACCUUCAGUUGAAGUAGGUAGUGAGGAAUCUCACUCAGACACAACUCAUUUACAAUCAAAAUAUGUCUCUUGGAUAUAUAAAUUAGAUGACUUUGGUAUUGAAACUAGAGGUAUUGAAAGAGUCAGCAGUGAAGAAAGAAGACAAUUGGCUUCUUCAAAACCUCGUUAUUAUCAAUUUGUUCAUGUUAUUGGGUUAUGGUUUUCUGCUUGUGGUGGGUUGACAUCGAUGUCAUCAUUCUUCUUGUCAAGUUUUCUAUUUGGAUUAAAUAUGAGAGAUAGUAUGGUAAGUGGAUUAAUAGGAAUGAUUAUUGGUUGCUUAGUUCCUGCCUACUGUUCCACCAUGGGUCCUAAAUCAGGUUGUAGACAGAUGGUUGGUGCUAGAUUUUUAUUUGGACAAUGGGGUGUCAAAUUUGUUUCCUUAAUUUGUAUCGUUGGUGGAAUAGGUUGGUCAGUUGUUAAUUGUGUACUUGGAGGACAAAUUUUAAUUUCAAUUAACCAUAAUAUUCCAUUGUCUGUUGGGAUUGUUCUUAUUUCUGUUAUUAGUUUGAUUAUAGCAAUCUUUGGUAUUAAAGUUGUGUUGAAGUUCCAAACCAUUAUGGCAAUUCCUUUAUUCGUGGCUACUAUCUUAUUUUAUGUAGUUGUUUGUAAAAGAACUGACUAUAUUCAUGCUGCAAAUGAGCUUAUCAAAGAAGCAAAUUAUUCCUCUAUAACUACUAGAGGUAAUUGGUUAUCAUUUUUUACUCUUGGUUAUUCAGUGACUGCUACAUGGGGUUCAGGAGCUUCUGAUUAUUAUAUUUUAUUUCCUGAAGAAACUCCUGGUUAUCAAGUAUUUAUUGUUACUUUCUUAGGUAUUACUAUCCCAUCUACAUUUGUUGCGGUUCCUGGUACAUUAUGUGGAGUCAUUGCAUACGCAUAUCCACCAUGGCAAGAUGCUUAUAAUUCAUUUGGUGUAGGUGGAUUGAUUAAUGAAGUAUUCAAACCAUGGGGGAGGUUUGGCUCUUUUGUGGUGAUUAUUCUUUACAUUUCAUUGAUUUGUAAUAAUAUCAUGAAUACAUAUUCUAUUGCUUUUGAAUUUCAAUUAAUUGAUGUCAAAUUAGCUAUAGUUCCUCGUUGGUGUUGGGCUAUAUUAGUCACAAUUAUUUACAUUGUUUUAAGUAUUGCUGGUAAGGAGCAUUUCUCAACAAUUCUUAGUAAUUUCUUACCUAUGUUGGGAUAUUGGAUUUCUAUUUAUAUUGUCAUUUUAUUAGAAGAAAAUCUUUUAUUUAGAUCAUCUGUUAAAGUGAGAAGUCUUCAUUACAAGGAAUUCGAUGGAACAGAUGAUUCCAAUUGGAAUUAUAAUUGGGCUAAUUGGGAUAAACCAAGAGGUAGAACUAUGGGAUUAGCUGCUGCACUUGCAUUCUGUUUUGGUGUAGUUGGUGCAGUCAUGGGUAUGAAUCAAGUAUAUUACCAAGGACCUUUGGCCAUAAAAAUUGGUGAUUAUGGUGGAGAUAUUGGAUUCUGGUUAGCAGGAGCAUUCACAGGUAUUACAUACCCUGUGUUUAGGUACUUGGAGUUAAGAAAAUUCGGACGUUAA